CUUAAAUUUUGACGAAUAACAUUUUUUUUUUUUUUGAUAAGCGCUUUUUAUCAGUUUUUUUUUUUUCUGGUUAUUAUAAUUCACGUGAUAAACACGCAGUAAAAGAAGUAAAAGUAAAAGGAGAUCAUGGCUUAUAUUACACGUAUCUUUUAAUAGUGUGGCAUUUUACGAAUCGUUUACGUUUCAACUUUCCAAAAAGUUAUUCUAAAAAACGAAUGCUUUAUAGAAAGGAGUUUUUGAAAAACAAAAAAAAAUGGAUUACACUCCAACAAUUUUUUAUGCAUGUUGUACGAGUUGUUUAUACUUAGUCCAGGUCCCUACAGUCAUCCUUUGUACACUUUUUGAAAUCAUGAAAAUUAAUUUGUUUCAUAAACAUAAACUUCCUCUUAACGAACCUAUUGAAUAUAUUUAUCUUGCUCUAGUUAUCUUUACACUUGUUUCAACUGCAUUGACUGUAUACAUUCAAAAUUGUUUUGAUAAUUGGCAAAAAGUAGUAAAAUGGAUAAACAGAAUCUCAUCAUUAUUAUGGGUGUUAAUUCCAGUUUUAUAUACAUCUUUUACGAUUAAUGAAUUGAGUCCAAUUCCUUUUUCUUGUCCAAAAGAUUAUUCUUAUCCUAAUCCUUCAAAAAGUUAUUAUAAUGCUUGUUUGAUUAGAUUUUUAAAUUUAAUGCUUAUGUGGAUAAUGUUUUUGACUACAUUCUUUUUUACUGUGCUUGCUCUUAUUCCUGAACGUAAGAUUAAUGAUUUGUUUGGUGUCAAAUCGAACAUAAAAAAUGAUGACGAGAGAAAAGAAAGUGACGUGUAUGACGUGUAGUUUACUGUAUUUUUAUUAGAUUUAAAUAAAAUAAACUAAAAUUUUAACAAUUGUGAUUGUCAAAAAAUUGUCAAACAGGGGUAAUAUAAAACAGUAAAACGGGCAUGAUAAACAGCCCAAUAUUAUCUGAUACAUCAUUGAUAUAUAGUAAUCAAG